AUGAUUAAAGUAUUGGUGAUUGGAUCUAUUAACAUAGAUGAUUAUUUCCAAGUUCCUCAUAUAAUUCAAAGCGGAGAAACAUUAACAAGUAGCAAAUAUGAUCAAAAAGCAGGAGGAAAAGGAGCAAAUCAAGCUGUUGCAUUGGCAAAAGCAGGAGCUACUGUAUGGCAUUUAGGUAAAAUAGGAAAGGAUGGAUUAGUAAUUAGGGAUUAUAUGAGUAGACAAGGUGUUAAUGUUGAACAUAUAAUUGUUACUGAGGACCAGCCAACAGGAAGAGCGAUUAUUCAAUUAUCAGAAACAACACAUGAUAAUGCUAUUAUUCUUCUUCCUGGAACAAACCAUAUGAUCACAUUAAAAGAAAUUGAAGAUAUUUUAAAAUUGGGAAAUUUUAAAAAAUCCGAUAUUGUGGUGAUGCAAAAUGAAAUUGGCCCUGUUGGUGGUGAAAUUUUGAGGUUUUGUAAACAGAAAGAAUUGAUUACUGUUUUUAAUCCAGCACCAUUUUCAACAAAUAUUAUGGAUAUAUUUCCAUUCGAUAACAUUGACUGUUUAAUAUUAAAUAAGAUUGAAUCAGAUGAACUCUACUCAAAAAUACACAAAAGCAAAGAUUCAAUUUCAUCGAAAAAUAUGGAAGAAAAAGAUUUGUUAUUUACUAUAAAAGAUAAAUUUCCACAAUUAAAAAUAUUAAUAGUUACAUUGGGUGAUAAAGGUCUGUUAGCAUGGUUUAAACAAAUCAAUGAUGAUAACAUCAUGACAUUUACAAAUUAUAAACUUACUACACCUGUAUUGGACACAACUGGUGCUGGUGACACGUUUAUCGGAUUUUUUGUUGCUAGUCUUUCAAGAAACUUGUGGGCGGCUAGAAAUUUUGAAGAGCCUAGGACGCCACCUAAAACGUCAUUGGAUUACUUAUCAAGUGUACAAAUAGUCGAAGGAAUAAUGGAGGGAAUGAUAGCUGCUAGUUUAAGUGUUAGAAAAUUAGGAGCAAUGGAUGGUAUUCCUUAUCUUCAUGAAGUUUAUCAAGAAAAAGCUAAAAGAUAA